AUGCCAGCAAACCAUAAAGAAGGACGAAACCGUCUGUGUGCCAUGGUGGAGCUUCCAUCGGUCAUCGGAGAGGAAACUGCUGCGGCUGAAAAUGGCAACUGUUGCGAAGAAUCACACGGUGACACUGAAGGAGAAACGAAACUGGAAAGUAAGCGUAGUGCAUCCACCACAGUCAGCAAACGACAGUCAGGUGAUGUCCCAACCAGCACGUGUCCUGAAGAACAGCUGCGAGUAAGUGACGAUGAUGGAUCCACGAAUAGUACUCGGAACAGCAUCGAUCCUUUUCGCGCUGAAAGCGAACCAGUGGCUACGGAAAGCAUGCUGAGAACGGGUCUUUACUACAAAGGAAUAUUCUGGCCUUCGAUAACAAAUAGUUUUAAGGAUGAAACGGUGGAGCUUUCAUACCAAAGGUAUUCUAGAAGACAAAGGCAAAAGUCACUCAUAAUGGUCAACGUUGUGGAUCUAGUGCUGAAGAUAUCCUUAGCUCUCAUUUAUACGUUAUCGCAUCGACACAGAUUAGAAGAAGCGACAGACGCCUACAAAAUCGCUUGGACGGCCGCGUUCUCUCUGCUAAACGUGUCAAUAUGCCUUCUGGGCGCUUGGCGCUGCUUCGCCAACAAUUACUUGCAUUGGGCAGCCGCUGCAACUUGGAUACUUCUUAUUGCUCAAGGUUUAAGUGGACAAGGCAUCGGCUUCCAAGCGCCCGAGAAUCAAGUCUGGUAUAUGCUCUUCAUCAUAUUCGUGCCGUACGCGAUGCUGCCGCUGUCUCUGGGUUGGUGCAUCGUCAUCGGGCUCUUAUCGUCCGUGUCGCACGUGCUCGCCACGGCCGUCGAUGUUAGGGAUAUUAUGGAUAACAAUCCCAACGCUGCAAGUUGCCAUUUUCUAUUGCGUUUUCAUGAUAGUGUGAAAGUGUGGUGUCGUUCUCCUUCGACCUUCUCUUUUUUGUAUCCACAGGCGAAAUCGUGUGCCAUGCGGUUGUUGAUCGCGAACGCGCUUCUAUACAGCGCAGUCAACUUCGCCGGAAUGUACGCAAAGUAUCUGGCGGAUUGGGGACAGCGGAAGGCGUUCCUUGAAACCCACCGGUCCAUGGUGACGCGGCAGCGGACGCAGAGGGAAAGCGAUAGACAGUGGAAACUGUUUCAAAGUGUGAUACCAGAUUUUUUAGCCAAAGAAAUAUCUAGUCAUGUGUCGAAGGUCAAAGGGGAGUUUCAAGAACAACAGUUCAACAAUUUAUACAUCCAGAGGCAUGAGAACGUCUCUAUUUUGUUCGCCGAUAUCAAGGGAUUUACUGAAUUAUCCAGCAAAUGCAGUGCUCAAGAACUAGUCAAAUUGCUCAACGAAUUAUUUGCCAGAUUCGAUAGGUUAGCAUCGGAGAACCACUGUCUCCGCAUCAAGCUGCUGGGCGACUGCUACUUCUGCGUGAGCGGUUUGCCGGAGACGCGCUCCAACCACGCCUACUGCUGCGUCAACAUGGGUCUCCACAUGAUCCGGGCCAUUCGCGACGUGCGCUAUAACGCCCAGGUUGAUUUGGACAUGCGGAUAGGGAUCCACAGCGGGACUGUUCUCUGCGGCGUACUCGGGCUGCUCAAGUGGCAGUUCGACUUGUGGUCACAUGACGUCACACUCGCCAACCACAUGGAGAGCGGUGGACUGCCGGGCCGAGUCCAUAUCUCUGCGACCACCCUGGAGUGUCUGAACGGAGCUUUUGAAGUGGAGUACGGCGAUGGACAAUCUCGGAAUCCUUACCUCCGCGAACUAAACAUCGACUCGUUUUUAAUUAAAAGCACAGAACGACCCAGACCCACCAGAAAUAGAUCGAGGGUACUAUCAAAUCCACCACAAGUCUCCAACGGCCAUGCCCCGAGACGAACGAGCGGCAGCAUCGACGAGGAGUUGACGACCGACUGGACUCCAGAGAUGCCGUUUCAGAGUUAUUUCAGUAGCGGCACAGGAAUGCUGCGGCGAUGUCAAAUCAGGAAGGGCGAUGCCGACCAAGAAAUGGAGAUGGUUUCUAUGUCCGAGGAGGACGACAUAAUUAACCAUUCCAUCGAAGUGAGUAGCAACCGUAAGAUGCGAUUGGAGCACAUGCGUCCCUGGUCGCUCUACUUCCGCGAGGCUUCGCUGGACGCGCAGUUCGGCCAACUCGACGAAAGAACAUUUAAAUCCAACGUGAUGUGCUGUCUGGUGCUAUGGCUUUUUAUACUCUUCGUGCAGUUUAUUAUGCACUACAACUGUUUGCUGCUCGUGAUAGUUUUACUCGUGAUGACUAUUCCCUUGGCACUCUCGUUCGUUCUGGUGAUGGCCGAGGAGUUUCCAGAUGCUUUACCGCGUCUCGCCAAGAUGUCGGCCGCGCUGAGUGGCAGUCGGAUGCGGAGAAACGCGCACAUUUGUUGCUUCGUGACGAUUAUGUCAAUAUCAAGCACGACAAAACUCUACAUUUGUCCAGCUUCUUUUCCAAAUGUGGAUGGUCUUAAUGUUACCAACGGCAACGUGACGGACGAGGCCAAAGUCGGCGAAUGCUAUAGACCCGAGUACGUCGUGUUUACGUGGAUCCUGUGCCUCGUCGCCCUCACCUCUAUCCUGAAACUGUACUAUCUGAUUAAGACCUGUCUGGCCAUCGUCAACGUCGCCAUGUACUCUGUGCUGUUGUUCGUGUACUACAAUGUUUACUACUUCGACACCGUCAACUCCACUGCACAGCUGCCGUUCUACGUCCAAAUGAUGAUCCUGAUGGUGAUGUUCUUGAUAAUUGUGGUGUAUCACGCGCGACUCGUGGAAGUGACGUCACGAUUAGAUUUUCUCUGGAAGCUGCAGGCGGAGCACGACCUCAAGGAGAUGAAAGAGACGCAGCGAAUGAAUAGGAAUCUUCUCAAACACAUUCUGCCCGAUCACGUCGUGAACCAUUUCCUCAGCAAGGAUCGUUGUCCGGAUGAACUCUACUCCCAAUGGCGAGACGAAGUGGGCGUCAUGUUUGCCGGCAUUCCCAACUUUCACGAAUUCUACUCGGAGCAGAAGGCCGUGGACUGCAUGAGGCUUCUGAAUGAAAUCAUUUUUGACUUUGACAAGUUGUUGAUGCAGCCCCGAUUCAAAAGCAUCGAGAAAAUAAAGACGAUCGGUGCAACGUAUAUGGCUGCUUCAGGGUUGAAUCCGGAUCACAAGACUGGAGAUGAUGACUGUGAGCACUUAUGCGCCUUAGUUGACUACGCUUUCGCUCUUCGCGACGCUCUGGAAGAGAUCAACAAGCACAGCUUCAACAAAUUUCGACUUCGAGUAGGUAUAAGCUGCGGUCCGCUCGUGGGUGGAGUGAUUGGCGCUCGGAAGCCUGUCUACGAUAUCUGGGGAAACACUGUGAAUGAGGCUUCGCGGAUGGAGUCCACGGGCACCAUGGACAGAAUCCAAGUCACCAAGUACACUAAACAGAUGCUAGAGCGCCACGGUUACGGCCUGGAACUUCGCGGAGCUGUAGCGGUGAAGGGCAAGGGCCACAUGGAGACGUGGUGGGUGACGUGCUGCCGACGACGCGGUACCGGUGCGCCGCCGCACCCUCCUGCGCCGAGAUCCCUCGCUGCGCUCGUGUACACCAUGCUGCAAGCGCGUCGACGAAUCUAUACGCAUCCACUCGAAGUUCCAACGAGCAGCGAGAGCACAAUAAGGCGUCGCACUGCGCGCCACAAUCGACCGACGAAUUUAAGAAGAGCCCAUACGAGGCACGAGCAGAGCACAAGUAAUGGCCUAGACGUAGAACUGGGGAUCCGACCACAUUCCAGCAGCAUGGUGGCGCGUCGUCCCCACAUGGCACCGCCGGUGGUCGGCAGCAUCUCCGCACCACACACCCCGACGACCCCUCACGAUUCCACUACUACCAAAGAAGCGAUACCCACGACUACCAAACUAGGAUUGGGUGCUCGCUUAAAAGCCGCCAGUUUCUCGUACAAGACCCGACCGAGCCUUCGUUCCUCCAAGGUCGUUAAGGACAAAGAGGGUUCCGGUAAUUCCAUAUCCAACGGUACGCUGGGUUCCUUCAGAUUUCGGUCGGUCACGACCGCCUCCUUCUUUCGAAGUCGCAACAAAGAGAGAAGAAAAGAAGUGGGAGAAGAUAACGGAGAAGUCGUCAGCACUCGCAUGUGA